GGACUUUUGGGUGUGAUUCGGAUUCUAAUUUUAUGAAAUAUACAAGUCUACAAAACCUUUGUUGCAUACAUGUGCGAUUGACGUCCCUUUCUCUCUCUACCAUUUCCUUUUUUUCUUUUUCUCUCCACCUCCAUUGUCCAAACACAAAAAGAUACAUGCACAAAGGGAGAUAGUUCUCGUUCUUUUGUCAUCUAAUGCCAUUUACAGAUUGUUGUGAUCUCAAAAAGCCAUUUUCAAUUCAUGGACUAUUUGGUUCCAAAUGAAGGAGCGCAAAAGGUCCACCUUUCUUCAUACCCAGGGCAUAAAUUUGAGGUCCAGGAAAUUGCAAACCAACAAUAAUGGAGUUUCGGAAGUUUAUUUAAAAGAAUAUUUGCAUUCGGAUUACAAAAGCUUCCCUCGCACCAAAAAGGGGAUCAUUAUCAGGUUUUAUACAAAUUCUCCGAUGAAGGCACCACCAGAAACAUGGAUGCCACCGGCCACCACCACCCCAACCACCGCUUCCCGGAAAAAGAUGUCUAAACAGGUGACGGGGAAACGAGAUGAUACCCCUUUGCAUACAGCUGCAAGGGCAGGGAACAUCAACGCAGUAAUGGAGAUUUUAGGUGAUUGUUAUGGUGAAGAAGAAUUGAUCUCAUUGCUUUCCAAGCAGAAUCACGCCGGUGAAACGGCGCUGUAUGUGGCGGCAGAAUACAGUUAUGUUGAUUUGGUUAGGCUCUUGAUCGAUCAAUAUGAUAUGGCAACAGCCAGCAUUAAAGCCAAUAAUGGAUUCGAUACUCUUCAUAUUGCUGCUAAACAAGGAGAUUUAGAGACUUUAAAGGUUUUAAUGGAGGUCCACCCAGAACUAUCAAUGACGGUUGAUAUAUCAAACACCACAGCCUUACACACGGCGGCGAUGCAAGGCAACAUUGAGGUGGUUAACUAUCUAUUGGAGAUAGAAAGUAGUUUGGCAUCGAUAGCAAGAAGUAAUGGGAAAACUGCUUUACAUUCGGCUUCAAGAAACGGGCAUGUUCUAGUGGUGAAGGCUCUUUUGGAGAAGGUACCCGGGAUAUCUUCAAGGAAUGAUAAGAAGGGACAAACCGCCCUUCACAUGGCGGCAAAAGGCCAAAAUCAUGAGGUGGUUGAGGAGUUGAUCAAGGCGGAUCCGUCGUUGAUAAAUAUGGUUGAUGCAAAGGGGAAUACUGCUUUGCAUAUUGCAACUCGUAAAGGCCGAGUUCAGAUUGUUAAGAUGCUACUAGCUCGUACCGAAAUCAACACAAGAGUCGUGAAUAGGUCGAACGAGACUGCAUUUGACACAGCCCAUAAAAUGGGCCAUCCCGACAUAGGAUGCAUCUUAGAAGAACACGGUGUCCCGAGUGCCCGUGUCCUAAAACCCUCAACAACUCCGGCACGAGAGCUAAAACAAACCGUAAGCGACAUAAAACACGAGGUCCACGAUCAACUCGAACACACUCUCCAAACUCGGCGAAGGGUCCAAGGCAUCGCGAAACACCUCAACAAAAUGCACGCUGAGGGCCUUAACAACGCGAUAAACUCCACCACCGUAGUGGCCGUGUUAAUCGCCACGGUUGCAUUCGCCGCUAUUUUUACAGUCCCGGGACAAUAUGUUGAUGAUCCAAGCAAUAUACCCGAGGGUUUUUUGCUAGGUGAGGCACAUAUUGCCCCACAACCCGCGUUUAUAAUCUUCUUUGUUUUCGACUCUGUGGCUCUAUUUAUCUCAUUAGCAGUUGUUGUGGUUCAAACCUCGGUGGUGGUUAUUGAAAGCAAAGCGAAGAAGCAAAUGAUGGCUGUUAUCAACAAGCUAAUGUGGUUGGCUUGUGUGCUUGUAUCGGUGGCGUUUUUGGCCCUUGCGUUUAUUGUUGUCGGGAAGCAUGAGAAAUGGCUAGCGAUUUGUGUGACCAUUAUAGGAACGUGUAUAAUGGUCACGACUUUGGGGUUGAUGUGUUAUUGGGUGAUUAUGCAUCGAAUCGAAACUUCAAAUAUGAGAAAUAUGAGAAGGAAAUCAAUGUCGGGUACAGAAAGUAGGUCAGGGUCGAGGUCUAGGACAUGGUCGAUUUCUGUACUUUCAGAUACGGAUCCUAUGAAUACCGAGUUCAAGAACAUGUAUGCAAUCUAA